GUUCGAGGUGACUUAAAGGAGAAGGUGAGUGAGCGGCGCCGCCAUUGGGGAGCGUGGCUGAGGAGAGGGAGAAGGACAGUGAGACUCUGAGACCGGGUAAAAUCAUGAUGUACGCUUGUGCUAAGUUUGUCUCCUGUCCUGCUGUGGUUCGCAGUACUUCGAGGACAUUCCUUCGGCCAAUGUCGGCCUCAGUCUUCAGACCAGAGACCCAAAACGAACAAGCACAGCUCCUCCCUGCACCAGGGAAUGCACUGGUGCAGACUGUACGGCGAGACCUCCAGACCAGCGUCACCUCCAGGGACAUCGACACUGCUGCUAAGUUCAUCGGUGCUGGUGCUGCUACUGUCGGAGUGGCUGGCUCUGGUGCUGGUAUUGGGACAGUUUUCGGCAGCUUGAUUAUUGGCUAUGCCAGGAACCCUUCCCUAAAACAGCAGCUUUUCUCAUAUGCAAUCCUGGGAUUUGCCCUCUCUGAGGCUAUGGGUCUCUUUUGUCUGAUGGUUGCCUUCCUGAUCCUGUUUGCCAUGUAAACUCCUAUGGGAGAAUCCGGAAGAUGGCUGGGAAGAGUAAAUUAUUGCAGUGGGUGGCUUUGGCCUCUCUGUCAUCACUAAGUAUUCAAAUAGGAUUAUUUUUUUCAAUCCAAUUGUGUAAGAACUCUGAUUUAGUCCUACAGGGGUCACUGUCUGAAUAAAAUGGUUAAACAAG